ACACACACGCACUGGCUCUGAGCUCAGACACUAGAGUUGACGUUCUUGAGCGGAGGUCGAGAGAGGGACAGAUGGGAUCCACACACACACGCGGCGCUCGGUACAGCAUUGAUCGCGACUGAGACCUCGGGAAGAGACUCUCUUGCAUGGAAAAGAGAAGAGAGUAAAAAAUCACUGACAGUGAGAUGGAGGAAAGAAGAUGCCAUGGAAUGAGCAGGAUGGGAUUGAGAAGCUUGGGCAUCACACAAGCUUCCUGAAGACAACAAGAAGAUCUUUUUCUGUCCGCCAGCGCUUCUGAAACGGACCAUCUCGAGUGUUUUCAGGGCACUCGUGCUCGGGUCGAACGGGAAGUUUCUGAUGUUCCAGUUCUGUUCCUGUCAAAAGAAAACAAUGAAGUGAACGACACAAGCAAAUAAACUCAAGGACAAAUGUGAGAGAUAAAGUCAACUUAAAGAGAUGCAUUGCCCAGUCCUGGCCUGUCAAGAAAUGCUACACCAGUGAGGACUGUGCACACAAGCUUUGAGUUGGAAAGUAGGGCAUUAAAGGUGUCUGGAUAUCCUCUCACUGGUCAGCCUGAAAACUGUUUCCUAAAAACAUUUUAUUUGCCUUGAUGUUUUUAGGACAAGCAUCCGUGAGAGCUAUGUGACAUGGGAUUUUCCUCUUGGCUAUGAAACCAUGAUGCAGACUUCUGUGACAUACUCGCAAGCCUUCCCUGCCAAAGUUUCAUGCUCUUCAGGACUUACACAAAGAGAGUUUCACAAAGGUUGCUCAUUGAGUGUUUAAGUGCCCCUGUGGACUAAUGGGGCUAAAGCUCAGGAUACAACCAGUCCCUCUUUUGCAUAUAAAGACACUUGCUUAUAAAUACUCUUCGUGCCAAAACCAGGACCUACUCUGACAGCAUUACCACAAAGACUUAAACAGAAACCCUCAGUCAUGUGACCUGAGGAAAGGACCAGUCACAUGCUCUGCUGCCAUCGGCUGGUCUAUUUUAUUUAAUUUUUUAUUUUUUUGUUACUGCAGCAUUUACCAUGUUCAGAGUUUGCCAAAUGUCAAAUAUACUGUGUGCUACAACUGAAUUUUUUAUCUAAUUGAUUGUUUAUUCACAUUUGACUUGUGAAAGCAGACAAAAACCCUACACAGUCAAAAUUUACAUCUAUGGUCCAUAAGCUACUCUUGGAUAACAUGGUGAGCAAAGAGCCUAACCAUUUGCCAACUGUUCACAGCCACAGCAAUGGCAACCCAGACAAAACACCAACAACCGUGACUGUGCGCUCAGUGCUCCUCAACCGAAACUCUCCAGAUAUUGAAAGCAGACUUAAACGCAGGCGAAACCGCACGCAGCAGGUACGCUUUAAAGAUUUGGAGGAUGAUGAUGAGUCUAAGGAUAAAAAUGAAAAGGUGAGGAUAAAGAGUCCAACAGAGGUUCCAAACUGGCAGAAAGAGUUAACAAAUGGGCCCUCGCUGGUGGGAGCGGUCCGUGGAGACAUGGAAAAGACAAUUGGUGCUGUAACAGCAUUUCUGAAGAGAGCACCACCGCACCCACUUACCCCUGGGCCUACCAGACGCUGCUGGGUCCCAACGCAUCCAUGUUCGCUCACACUGCCGCUGCCAACUCAGCCAUGCAGGAGUACAGCCAUCCAAACCUCACCCAGUUUGCAUAAGCCUCCCUCGCUCUCGGCCACACAGACUCGCAGUCACAGCUUGGGGGGAGGCUGGGAUGACGAAGACUCCUCAGAUGAGUUGACCGCACAGGUCUACAUUCCACCUUGUAGAUCACGGAAAAGUCCUGUCCAACAUCGUACCCCCGCUGAGCAAUCAAGGUGCCAGAAAACCGAGGACAAUCAAACUGCCUCUGUGGGUACAACAACACAACCUGCGCCACAAAAACAGUCUAGAAGGAGAGGGAGGAGGAAAUCCUUAAACAGAGCAGCAAGUGAUCCUGGGAAACAUGAGCUUCCUUGUACUUCUCCAACUAAAACUGUGCACAGAAGCCAUCAACAUUCUAACCAACCUAAGAAACCCACAUCCAAAGCUGUGGCACACAGAACUUCGUCAGAUAUCGUGCCUCCACAGCGUUCCCCCACACCCAAUACAGUUCAUAAUACGCAAUGUAGUGUCUCUUCCACACAGACUGAAGCUAGCAGUGAUUCAAAAAUCCAAACUAUCCCAGCCAACACAACCUCUUUGCAAACAGCAGAGGUAGAUCCUGCAUCUUGUCCAUCUCACACUGCACCAUCUCCUCCACCAACCACAUGUCCCAAAGAAACAUCACAAUGUUGCCCACCACAGGCUGCAACAGAGAACAUAAUUUUGACCCCCACUGUACUGGAGCCUUUGUGCACUACCACAGCACAAGUCAUGUCCACUGACACCACACACAGGCAAUCAUGCAUGUCUCCUACUGAAUCUACAGGGCGUUGUUGCACACCUGCUAUUCAGACUACGGCAAAUUGUAAGACUCCCCCAAUAUCUGAUUCCAAAUGCAUUUCAGAUUCAUAUACAGAUCCCACAACUCCUGCUCAAUCCAGACCCUGUUGCCAAAAGCUGGAGGAAACCAUUCCAUGUUCCAGCAAUGCUGGCUUCAAGACAACAUCCUGUUCUCAAGGAGCACCUGCAGUUGCCUCUACGUUCACAUCCACACAGCCUUGCCAGAAGACUCCAACACAACCCAUGGCAUGCGGUAACACCUCAAAUCAACCUGUGUACUCUGUGAUAUCUCCAACUCAACCUGUAACUCCUAUUCAGUCUGUGCCACGCUGUGAGAUUUCUAAUCAGAAUGAGCCAUUGAUUAGGACCCCUACCCUUCCUGUACAAACAGUACAAUCUCCUAUAUCAGCUACACACACCCCAACACCUGUUCACCCCACAUCAUCUUGUAAAAUUCCAGUGCAGUCUAUACCAUACUGUGUCAAAGACAAACCAGCAACAGUGGGCUCUCCUACACGACCUGCAGCAUCUCAUAAGAUUCCUACACAAACCCUCCCUCACAAUUUGAUGUCAUUUCCCCCCGAGCCAACCUGUGCCACCGCUUCACACCCUGUCUCACACCUCAAAGGCCCCAUUUCAGCACCCACCAUACCUAUUGCACAAACUGCAGUACAUUGCAUUUUGGAUCAACAAAAUGCGGCAACCCAUGUGACUCCUUCCAUACCAGUUCUGAUUUGCAGCCCUUCCACACAACCGGCACCAGGUAAAUUUUCAGUUCGAAUAUUGCCACACUGCAACUCUAGUAUGCAAAAUGCAGUGUCUUGCAGUAAUCCCUCUCAAAUCGUGCAACAGUUUAAGACUCAAAAUCAAACAGUACCACACUCCAAAUCAUUCCCACAAAAUAUGUCACCCAUUCUCUGUCCACGUGAGGCAAUGAUGUAUGCUAGUAAACCCCAAGAAACUGUGCUUCCCUCUGCUAAUUUCAGGCAUUCCUUACCUCCUUACGCCUGUCCUCCACAGACUGCUCUGCUGUACUCUAACACUGGGGUGAGUCACUCCCCCCCUCAGGCCUUCUGCUACACUCAGGACAGACGAGACAGGAGAGAGUUCAUGCUUCCUCCCCCACCUCCUCCUCCUCCUCCUCCAUACACCCCCCGCAAAGAGGGCACCUCGACUCCAGGACAGCCCCGCAAGCCUCCUGUCCCCAAAGCUGAGAGCAACAACACAGAAAAGGGCCGAGUGAAAACUGGGGUAGCGAAGCCAAUUGUUGAAGCAGGAACUCACCAUCAGGCAGGUGAAACCCCACCUCCUGUCCCUCCCAAAACUAAGGCAAGAGCUACAGUGAGGCCCACCCGUUUAAGCAGCCGACGGGCGAUCCUCGGCCCAGAAUCUCAGUCCAGUGCAAAUCAAUUGCCUCCUGCUGCGGGGACGAAUCCCCAGGCCCCUCUUGGACCAGCAGAAGGCCAAGCGGACACUCUGCGGCAGGUGCAGGAGCUACUGGGGGGGCUCAUGUCGGGGGCUAUGUGUAAGCUAGACCUGGCAAAGGCAAAAGAGAAACUGUUUGGCCCAAACGGCCCUCUGUACGACAUUGGGGCUCUGCAGUCUCAGCUGCACAGCCUGGAAGGGGUGUUGGAAACCAGCCAGAACACCAUCAAGGUUUUACUGGACGUCAUUCAGGAUCUGGAGAAGAAGGAGGCAGAGCGAGACGGAAGACACUCGUACCGAACGGGACAGGACAUUGAGAACUGCGGCACCUGCAGAGACUGCGCCUGUAUCAUAUACAGCGUGGAGCACGACUUCCGGCUUCAGGAGGGCCAGGUGACGCGAGCGUGGAAGGUUCCGGAGCAGCAGGAAUCGGAGCAAAGCUCUCCUCAGCUGGUCUUUCCUCCUCCACGCCAGCAGGACUCUCCGCAGGCCCUCCAGACGGUCAAGAAGAGCCGCAGGAAAUGCUUCUGGUUCCUCUGAACACUUUAUAAGCAGGACGUGACAUCAUUAGUCAACAAGGAUGGUUUUCCAACCAACCUCAAGCCUCUUCUCUUCCGGGUCCCGUUUAGAGGCACAUCAUCCGCUACAUGCGUUCCUUGACGAGGAGCCCUUAUUUAUUAUCUUUUUUUAAAGCAUCUUCUGUCAUUUUCACAGAAGGCACAUUUUUUAAUCAAGAUUAAUGUUGUGGGCUUAAAGGCUGUUUGCUUUGAUAUUUCAGAUUUAUAGUCCAUGGAGAGAAUUAAAAACUUUCCACCUAAAAAAAAACAUCCUUUAAAAAAAUAUAUAUAUUCUGUCAUUAUUUCCUUUUUAAGUGAAUUACAGGUGUUGACCAAUCAGAAACACUCUCUUGCUGUGAUUCAUUUGGAGUGUUUGUUUUUUGCCAAAUGGCUAACAUCACUUUUUGCACCUUUAAAGUCUGUUUAUUCUGCUUUAAUUUUCCAGAUUCAUGGUGGUAAUUCAUGUCUCAAAAUCAUGAAAGGGUGAGAGCGGAGGGGGAGAAGGGG